AUGGCAGCAACGUCGCCAAACAAUAUAAGGCGUAAGUACUCAUGGUGGUGGGACAGUCAUAUCUGCCCAAAGAACUCGAAAUGGUUGCAAGAAAAUCUAUCAGAUAUGGAUAGUAAAAUUAAGCUGAUGAUCAAGAUCAUUGAAGAAGAUGCUGAAUCAUUUGCAAAAAGAGCUGAAAUGUACUACCGAAGGCGGCCUGAGCUGAUGACCUUACUUGAGGAGCUGUAUCGUGCAUACCGAGCUUUAGCCGAAAGAUAUGACCAUGCAGCAGGAGAACUCCGACAAGCACAUCGAAAGAUAGCAGAAGCAUUUCCUGAUCAGGUUCUAAUGGACUUGGAUGAUGACCUUCCAGCAGAAACUUCUUCCAUUGGAACUGACAUGGACAAUCCAGACAUGGCUCCAUAUUUUCUCUCUUUCAUCAAUGCUAGUGAUUUGAAAAGGCACGCUAAAGAUGACCAAGAUUACGAGAGGCUGCAUAAAGAACUAGCAAGCUUAUCACAAGAAAACCAAGACCUCAAGGACAGGAUCUCGUCCAUGCUAGAGCAGGGCAACAAGGCUGAGUGUGAGAUCCUUAGCCUCAAGGAGUCCCUUGCUCAACAAGAAGCAGAGAAGGAGGCUGCAGUUUCACUAUGCCAGCAAUCAACUGCUAGAUUACAAAACCUGAAGUCUGAAAUUAUGCAUACCCAGGAGAAAUUCAACAGGCUGAAAGAGGAGAUGCAAACUGAACCGCAACCCUUGAGGAAAGCAGAUGAACAUUUCUUUUUACUUGAAAGAGCUAAUCAGGACUUGCACUUGGAGCUAGAUAAUCUGAAACUUCUGUUGAAACAAAAGCAUGAUGAACUAAAUGAAAAGCAAGCCGAGUUGGAAAAGCUUCAUAUCUCUACAGAAGAAGAGCAUCUCAAGCGUAUGCAAGCAGAAAUGGCGCAGCUUUCUUUGGAAAAACAAUUAUCACUGGCACAAGACAAACUGAGGCAUUUGGCUCUUGAGAAGCAGGAUGAGAUAAUUUCCAUGAAAAAUGUGCAACGAAGACUGGAGGAAGAGAUUUUUCAGCAUGUGGAGGAAAAGAAGACACUUCAACAUGAGCUUUCUCAUCUUAAAGAGGAUAGGAGUGACUUGGAUAGGAAACACUCUACAAUCAAGGAACAGAUAGAAUCUAUGAACUUGAAUGUAGAAUCUCUACAAGCACUUGCACAAGAGCUGAGGGAUGGCAAUGUUGAGCUGAAAGAGUUUGUCAAGAACCAUGAGAGCAUUGAACUUGUGCGUAUUGAUAAUCUGAGAAAGUUGGAGAGGAUGUCAGAGACGAAUGCACAUUUAGAAAAGUCUUUGUCAGCUGCAACAGCUGAGCUUGAGGGAUUGAGGGAGAACAAGGUGGCAUUAGAAGAAUCAUGCAUGCACUUCAGAUCCAAGAUUAGCACUCAUCAGUCUGAGCGAGCUGUGCUUGUUGCAUUGCAGAUUGAGGUAGUUUCUCAGACCAUGGAGGAGCUACUGGAGAAGAAUGUUUUCUUGGAGAAUUCACUAUCUGGCGCUAAUGCUGAACUUGAGAGUUUAAGGAUGAAGUUGAAAGAACUGAAAGAAUCUUCAGAGGCACUCCAAAAUCAGAAUUCUAUGCUUCAAUCUGAGAAGAGAACUCUUGUCCACCAGGUUGAGGGCAUCACUGUAACUCUGCUGAAUUUGGAAAGGCAAUACAAAGAACUAGGAAGGCGACACUCAGAUCUGCAGAAGGAGAAGGACUUGGUGCUUGAUGAAGUGAUCAAGAUACAGGAACAGAUAAGGCUUGAGAGGAAGGAGCAUGAAGAUUGUACACAGUCAAGCAACACUAGAUUAGAUGCUCUACAGAAAAGAUUAGCCUACUGCUAG